UAUUCAGUUGUACGUACUACACGGUUAUUAUUACAAUACAUCGACUCACAGCCAGUCAGUCAGUGUCGUCGUUGCGCGCGACGAUGAUGCCGCGCCGCGAAGAGUAACACCAGCCGCGAAACCAGUGGUCUCGAAUUUGUUGUUUUCUCCUUUUUUGUGUCGCUCUAAAUGCGUUCGACGAUCGUGUCGCGGCUAUAUGCAUAAUAUACAAGCGUGUGCUUUUGUGUAAACAACGUCGCAUGCGAAUAAAUUACAUGCAUAAUACAUCGGAGUGCAGUGUGCAGAGAAGAAGAGGCGGUGUCGUGUGCGGGCGUUUUUCUAAAUGCAAAUAAAAGCUUUCGCUGUCAUCGCUGCUCGACGUGCCACAUAGCGAUAAAUACGCAGGAGGUACGGUGUAUUUCACACAAAAAAAUUAAGAAAGGAAAAGAAAAGUGACAUCCGCCGCAUAGCACGAGUAAAUAACAACAUUGUUAAAGUAUGAGUGUCUUUGGGGAUUUCCAAAAAGUCUGGGAAGACAGAUUCCCUGACAGUGCAUUGCCAUCUGCCUUAGAAGAGGAUGUUAGAGCUAAUCUGGUCAAGCACAAGCACAAGGUUCAAACACUAAGAGAGGAACUUGAAAAAGAAGAAUUUUAUGUUGAAUAUCUGGAAAGAUUAUUGGCAGAUGUAGAAAAACACAGAUUAGCUAAUCCUUCAACAACAUCUGAAUCCAAGGCUGCCGAUGCUGAUUCUCUCAAAAAGAAGCAUCUUCAGUCAUCUGAAACUAGUUCUUUAGAAAAAAAUUCACAUUCAGAGGAAGCUAAAGAUUCUGCUCCACCACUUCCAGCUAGAGAAGAUCUCAGUAAACUACAAGAUAAAUGUAUUAGUGAAUUAAGUUCAACUUUGAGUUCAAGCAAAAGACCAAAAAGCGAAAUACCAAGGAGUCCUGAAAAGAAAACUGACCAAAGUAGGAGAAACAGUGAUCCAGACGUUCCAAGUAACUAUAUCACUGUCAUUCAAGUUACAGGUAACACUAAAAAAGAUAAAAAUGACGAUACUGUAAAAGAAGAGGAUGAGAAAGAAUCCGAAAAGGCAUUAGAAGAUGCUGAGGAUGGCGAUGCUGAGGCAUCAGAAGAAGAACCUUAUUAUGAUUCAGUAGCUCUUGAUCAAACAGGAGAAUAUGUUUACAUUGAAGCUCAUGCUCCUGCAUUAGGAAGUAAUGGAAGAAAAGUUCAGUCAAGACGGCCACCUUCGCUUCCUGAUUCACCUGGAAAUCAAAAUAAUUAUGUCAACAUUGAUUACUUCAUACAACAUCGAGCAGCAAUGGACAGCGAAGAUGAAGAAAAUUCAACACCACCCAUCCUCUUACGCACCCUGAGCACCGAUAAUGAAACGGGAAGCAGCGACGCCGAACCAUUAAGUCUCAGUGAGGGUAGUUUAGAGUCGCCAACACCAACAACGCCCAGAAGACAAGAAAAAAGUAAAGAUGACGACAGAACUUCCAUGGUCAAGUGCAUUAUUGAUUCUGUAGUUGAAAGUGAAGCUAUUUAUGUGGAAUGCUUGGACGUCAUGAUACAGUACAUGAAAGCAAUUAACGCUACAGUGAACACAUCUCAGCCAGUCAUCUCGCAGGAUGAGUUCAAUACGAUUUUCUACAAAAUUCCCGAUUUACACAGGGUUCACCAAGAGUUCCUCGAAGAUUUGCGUAAAAAGCUCGACACAUGGGAUAACAAAACUUCAAUCGGAGAACAAUUCAAAGUAAUGGCAAGUAAGAUUCGUGAUUACGAGGCGUUCUUGCACAAUUACGCACGAGCUACAGAUACAGUACGACGUUGCUCAUCGCAAUCUUCGCAGUUCUCGGAAAUAACGCGUGACAUCAAGUUACGAGGCUCCCCGAAGGGUCCAGGCCUCUCACUCGAAGAUCUUUUACACAAACCAGUGGCUCGUGUUCAGAAGAAUGCCCUUGUCCUUCACGAUCUUUUAAAGCACACACCUCAAAGUCAUGCAGAUUAUGCACCUCUCUCGGAAGCGCUUGCGAUGACACGAAAUUUCCUUGAUGAAUUUAAUAUUGUGCAGACCAAAUUUAUGUUCAAGAAUCACGAUCGAGCACAGAGAAGACUCGUGAAAAAUUCAUUUGUUGUGGAAUUGUCGGAUGGCCAUCGAAAAUUGAGGCAUUUGUUCCUUUUCAACGACGUCAUUGCUUGCGCCAAAUACAAGGCAUCUGGCAAAGAAAAAUAUACAUUCGAAUUGAAAUGGUUCAUUCCGAUGGCAGAAGUUGUAGUCAUGGAAGAUGGUAUUGAACCCCGUGAAAAUAGUCCACCAAAUGUGGUUGUACUUAGAUCUCAAGCGUGUACAGUAAGAGAUCAAAUUUUAUGGGAAGAAAAGAACGACGAUAAGAAAAUUCGAAUUGGUGGUAGAGGCGCAGAAAAGAAUCGAAAAAAAUUAGCUGAAUUAGAGGCUCAGUUAGUUUUGGCUUCUCCAAAUCUCAUUUUGAAAGUUGCACAAAAAAAUUCUAAUCGCAUUCAAAAUUCGUAUACAUUUUUUUUGUCGAGCGAAUUCGAAAGAUCGCAAUGGAUCGAAUCAAUCGAAGCGCUCCAGCAGAGUGGCCAACCUCCAGGUCAUCUUCCUCUCAAUAUGUACGAUUUGAAAGCAUGGAUUGCAGCAUGUCGAACUUAUCUUCAAACCGACAUGGGAAGUUACCUCUUGAGAUCUGGACGAGACGAAAGCUUAUUACUUGGAGACUUACAUUUAACGUUGGUAGGAAUUGCUCCACCUGGAUUAGAUAGGCCAGGCGAUUUCUAUAUCGUAAUAGAGGUUGAUAGCUAUGGUCAUUAUUUUAAGAGGGCAAAAAGUCACAUAGCUCGAGGUCAAACUCCUAAUUGGGCACAAACUUUUGUAGUCGAAUUAGAAGGAAGUCAAAACGUUCGAAUUUUAUUGUACGAGGAAUGUGGUAACAGAUCAGUUUUAAGAGGAAAAUGUGCUCAACGUUUGAGUACGUCUUGGCUUCUUGGAGAUGUAGUUAAAAGGUCAUUGAGUUUGGGACCGGCUACAUUAGAUGUCUCUCUUAAAUUUGUUCCAAGUGAAGUUACCCUACGACGAGUGCCUUCUGCCAAGCCCCAAGGUCUUUUUGGUGCAAAAAUACAAUUAGUCUGCAAACGAGAAAAGCGUGAAGUACCCUUCAUCAUAACUGCUUGUGUGCGAGAAGUUGAAAAGCGAGGAAUGGCAGAAGUUGGACUUUAUCGAGUUUCUGGUUCAGCAUCAGAUUUAGCUAAGCUACGAAAAUCAUUUGAAAGUAACUCGUAUGAAGCGGAGCAAUUAUUGAAAGAAGUGGAUGUGCACUCAGUCACAGGAGUUUUAAAACUGUACUUGCGAGAGAUGCCCGAAGCAUUGUUCACAGACGCUUUGUAUCCAGCCUUCCUUGAUGCCUUCCAAACUGGUGAGCUGUCACGUGGCAACGCCUUACGGCGCGUCUACGACGGUUUGCCUCAGAUUAACAAAGCCGUAAUCGAUUUCCUUUUGUCGCAUCUCGUGCGUGUCAAUAAAAACGAGGCCCAGAACAAGAUGUCCCUACACAAUCUAGCAACUGUUUUUGGGCCAACUUUACUGAGACCAGGUACGAGCAAUAGAAACGACGCCAAAAAUCGGGAUCCACUCGCAGCUGGAACUGUUGACGUCAUGGCUCAGGCCGGCAUCCUCUACUGUUUUUUACAGUUGCAGGUGCAUCAAAAUAAUCAAUCUUCACUCUAGUCGAUACGCGCCGAACGUGGUGCGAUUUUACUGCUCAUUUUUAAUAUAAUUUCUUAUUUCUUUAAUGAAUCUAAAGAACGAUAUUCUGAAUGUGUAAACGGAUAGGCACUUGACCGCUUUUAAUUAGAUCAUCGUGUGUUUAAAAAGAGCAUUUUUUAACUUUGCAAUAAUUACAAGUAUUGGCUUCAUUCUUUACAUAUGCUGUGCUAAAUUUAAAAACGACUGUAAUUACAUCUAAGUUUCUGAAAAUAGCAUAGAGUUAUUAGUACCACUAAUAAUCGAUGAGAAUUGUUGGUGUUAUUAAAAUCGUAAUUGUCCGAUAAUAUGUUUAAUCAAUAUCGUCGAUCGAGUGGAAAAUUUUUUGAACAAGUAUCUAUUUAAAGCAGGAUAGAGUAUCCUUGUCUUAAUCCCUUGAACCUUUGUAGCUGAAUGAAAUUCAUAUGAAUUCUUGUACAAUGUGUAUUUUCUUAACAUAAUAUUAUAUAACAUAAUAAUAGUCUUCUACGCAGACGCAUUUUUUAGCAGCUUCUACCCGAAUUAUUAUAAAUAUGUAUAAAUGUAAGUGCGUAAACCCUUAUAAAGGGUGCGUUACGUUACGUGAACGAACAUUUCGUAAUUAUAUUCACAUUCACUAAAGUGAUAAGAUAUAUUUUUUAUUCCGCGUUUGUAUAUUAUCGUAUUAUACAAUAAAAAAACUCAAGAUACAAAAUUUACAAA